AUGGUGGACCCACAGCAGGUGACCCAAUCACAAGGAAUGAUUUCAGCUGAUCAAGAGCAGCGUGCUUCCACUCCAAAGGCGGCGUGCAGCAUACCACUUCUGAGCCCGUUGCUCUGCCUCGAGUUACCGAGGUGUCGUGAUGUCGUGGAACUUGCCCUUCAUGAUGUCGGAGGCACGCCAGCAUUGCGAAUCUCGGCCUCCUAUCGAGCUGAAGGCUCAACGCUGAUGUUCAUGUUCUCCAACAUUUCAUCAAGUCACCAAGACUUCCUGACGGUGAAGGGCUGUGAGCAUGUGGGCGGCAAAGGCAGUGGUAGCAAGACAUGUUGUAUACAGAUCACAUAA